UGAAACCUUCAGGUUACAAAUCGAGGUGAAUCUGAAUGUGAAGUGUGUCAUCUAGUUACAGAGUUACUGUUUGAAGGGCUACCUGACAGUGAUGGAGUUGUGUGUGGACUCUGUUGAGUCCGCCCUAAACGCUGAGGAAGGUGGUGCAACACGUGUAGAGUUGUGCGGUUCACUGGUGGAGGGCGGAACUACUCCCAGUCUGGGUCUUUUCCGGAUCGUCAAGUCCCGCCUUUCCAUACCAGUGUUUGUAAUAAUCAGACCACGUGGCGGGGACUUCCUGUACAGCGACGCAGAAGUAGGAGUAAUGAAGGAAGACAUUUCCCUGUUUACGUCAUCACCUGACCGACCGGACGGCUUUGUGAUCGGCUGUUUGAACGUAGAUGGAACAGUGAACACUGUUCUCUGUAAGGAGUUCAUUGCCCUGGCGCGGCCUUCAAAGAUGACAUUUCACAGAGCUAUCGACAUGACCCCUGACCUUGGAGAUGCCUUGGAGGCCGUGAUUGGUUGUGGGUUUGACCGGGUGUUGACAAGUGGUGGUCAGUCCACUGCCCUCGAAGGACUUCCAGUACUUUCUGACCUUGUCAUUCAGGCAAAAGGCAGAGUGGUCAUUAUGCCAGGUGGAGGAAUAACGGACCACAACGUUGCAAGGAUUGUCCAGGGCUGUGGCUGUACGGAAUUUCACUGCUCUGCCCGAUCAUCUCGUUCCUCAUUGAUGACUUAUCAAAAACAGGGUGUGGCUAUAGGCGCUUCACUCUCACCUCCAGAGUUCAGCCUGAAGGCAGCAGAUGUAUGUAAAAUUAGAACAAUUUUACUGACGGCCAAAAGUGGAAUAAAUUAGCUUUAAU